GCAGUGCUGCUUCCAACUCACGGCAUCCGGCGGAGCGUCUGGCUCCGUUGGACAACAUCCUGAUGGUCAGAACCGUUUUGGUAAUGGCCUGCAAGCAGGCACACACUGCAUCGAUCAUACGACCGGCUCUAUGACAGACUCUCAUGGUAGAACUUGUGUUCUAUCCGAGCACUCGUCACAGUUUCAAUGUGACUCUGGUCACAGAUCGAGCUCCGGCUUCUCCGUCGCUGGCGGAGGUACUCUUCAUUACGGUGGCCAUAGUUCAUUCUAUGCCUGUCCUGCCGAUGACCAUGGGGCUUUCAACAUCUACACGAGACCAGUGCACGGUCAAGCUAAGUGUGUUCAAAUCAUCUUGACCACAGGUGGUCAAUGUUCAAGCAGUGAGCAUGGCUCCGGGCAUGGUUCUGGGCAUGAUUCUGGACAUGGUUCUGGACAUGGCAGUGGCUCAGAUCAUGGCUCUGGGUCUGGCUGCGGGCAUGGAUCAGACUCUAGAUCUGAUUGCGGGCAUGGCAGUGACCACUCUGGCUCAGGGCAUGGCGACGGUCAUUCUGGCUCAGGCCAAGGUUCUGGUCAUGGCUCUGGUCAUGGCUCAGGGCAUGGCGAUGGUCACUCCGGUUCGGGGCAUGGCUCAGAUUCAAAGUCUGGCUGUGGACAUGGCUCUGAUUGCCAUGGAUCUGGCCAUAGUUCUGGUCAUGACUCCGGUCAGGGGUCCGGUCAGGGGUCCGGUCACGGAUCCGGUCACGAUUCUGGCCAUGGCUCUGACUCUGGAUGUAAAUGUGGACACAGCUCAGACUCAGGCUCUGGUCAUGACUCUGGCUCUGGGCAUGGUUCUGGUUCCGGGCAUGGUUCUGGCUCCGGGUGUACCUGUGGGCACAGCAAAGGCUCUGACUCUGGACACGGCUCUGGGCAAGACUCCGGACACGGCUCUGGACAGGGCUCCGGACAGGGCUCUGUCUCUGGGCAUAGCUCUAGCUACCACCCCACGACUGUCACCACGACAAUUUAUAUUCAG